CUCUAAUAUUAUACAUCCUUAUCAAACUUCUACUCAGAGAAGAGAUCCUGAUUUUGAAGAUUUUAAUUUAAAUAGUGAUCAAUACGAACCUUUAAACGCUCAUAGACAUAAAUCUUAUUUUUCAACUUCAUCUUCUCAACCCUCACCUUCUUCACAGAGCGACCCAAAUCAUCAAAAAGAACCAUUUUUACAAAAUAGAAGAAAAUCUCUCUGCUUGUGUUGUGGAAUUAUAGCUUUUAUAAUCUUAAUCAUGAUUCCAAUUUUUUUGUUUGUGAUUGCACCUGCCAUCGCUCGAAAUGUUGUUGCUGAAUCAAAAAUAUCUUUCAAUAAUGUAAAAUUGACUAAUAUUUCUGAAGAUAACUUUUCGUUGACUUUUACUGUCACAAAUACUGGUCCAUUAUCGGCAGCCAUAACAAUUCCUAAUGGAGUUACAGUCUCUUUUAAAAAUACAACGUUAGGUAGAAUGGCUCUGGAUACUAUUAAUACUAGACCUUUUAAUGGUGCUUCUUUACAAUCUACAAAAUUAUUUAAAAUAGAAGACAAGGAAGCUUUUACAAUAUUUA